GUAAGUACAGUACAGUAUUGUACUGUAAUUAUUAACUAUUACAGCGUAAUAGGCUAAUAGCACGGUGGUAGUAGGAAUAUCUGCAUCUCAAAAUUUAUGCGUUGUUAAUGCUUGUUAUCUAGCCCAUAUUUUGUAUCAGGUUUUCCAAUACCGUUGCUGUAUUGCUUACUAUGCUGGCGUUUAUCGUCGAUUAAAUAAGCCGAUUAAACAGCUCACGCUGAGGUGCGCUGAACGCUGAAUCACGGUAACAUUGUAUUCAAACCUAAAACAAUUUGUUGGAUAACGUUGACGCCAACUUACGUGCGCUUCCAUUGCGGCGGUACACAAAAUUACUGUUCAUCAGCCAUUUGUGCACAAGUCCGGAGAAACGCUCUUUGCAUCCUAAAUUCGCGGCUUGCUAAUGUUUGAAAGACAUGUUCAGCGUACCGAUGCCGUGGAUGUCCGUGACGACAACGGUACCGUCCGCCGUGGAGUGAUUCGUGACUGCGAUGAUUCCGGCAAACCCAUCAUCGAUUUCGACUAUCCCGGUCACCAUUGUGAACUAAUUCCGCCGGAGCGAUGCGUGUUCCGUAAAGAGCAGAGGAAAAAAAGGAGACUGGCUAGGACAGCACGAGGUAGAGACGCUCUUCCGCCGUUCUGCUGACCAGCCAUGGCGUUGGUAUCCGUCGACGGUCCUGUCGGGAACCUAUGUCCACAAAUACCGCUUCGUCGAGCUACUCAUCGAUGGAGACGCAGACCAGUAUGUGGUGGCACAAAAACGCAUGCGAACAGCUAAUUUGCCGAUGGAACCCGAAAAGCGAAAGCUGCAAAAAUUUUCUUCACCAUUACCGAACGAUCCCGAUUUGUUGGCCAUUGUUAACGGGAAAGCUCUUUUCGAAGUCUGGAACGCUAAAACUCGUACUAUUGCAGUUGGAGUUGAAGGCAACACCCUGGUUUAUCUGGCGUUUGCAGUGCAGCCGAAAGCCAUGAGACGUGAAACUUUUCUUAAACACCUUACCGAUGUCAGGAAAAUUCUGGAAAACGGGAGAUCUAGUACCGAAGGAAAAGACGAGCAAAAUGACCUUUCAUCAGUUGCUACCAAGCCGGUACGAAUAAACAAUGGCGUCGGUCUAGUAAAACAGCGCGCUGUACUUUGGCUUCUGAAUUCACAACGCGAUCAAAUCAACUCCCGCCAAGUAUGUGCAAGCUGGAAUGCCAUUUUGAAGUCCAGACCAGUGCUGUCCCAAGUGCAGAUCGACCUGCGCGAUGGGCGUGCCCAAGAAUUAGUUGCGGCAAUGGAGAAGCUGAUCUCCGCCAGCACCAAAACGCUGGUUAUGCGCCGUGCAGGGUUUACCCGCGCUGGUUUUAGCGGGCCCUUCUCCCAUCUGCCGUGCCGGGUGGUGAUGACACUGCUUAAAGCACGAAAGAUCAAACUCCCAACGGUCAUUGUGGCGGACCUUAACGAUCUUAGAUUUUUCCAUCCGACCGCUCUUCGGUUUGGAUGGGAGGAGAUCUGCGACAGACUGGUAAUGGAAAACAUCACGCUGAGCCUGUCAUUUGAAACGAGGAACUAUCGGGAUGAAGGUGACCUUUUGAGGCCGGAGACGGGAACGCACUGCGUAUGGGAAACGCGCGCUAAAGAUGUUUGUAUUAAACUCCGUGUGGAUCACGCUGUCGUUGCGAUGAAAGCCGAGUGUCGAAUGGAAACGGUCCUGCAAUGGCUGGAAGAGGCUGAAAAAAUCCCGGCUGCUAAAACGACGAUCGAGGAUCGUGGUGCACCGUUAGUGAGGACCAGCAAAAGUCCAUACAGAGGGCACUGCAGAUGGAUCAUGGGGAACAUAACCGGACAGUGCGUUACGGUGUGGUGGAAAUACUUAACAACUGGGAAGUGGGAAAUUCAGGAUGCCGUGCUCGUUUGCAUGCCGAUGAUAAUUAUAGAUUUUGCGACACUGGAUCUGCAGUCGCUGAACAAGUUAACCAUCUACGCGCUAUUCCAUUUUUUUGGUGCCGAAAUAAAUACCUGGUAGAUUAUGUAAUGACCCUUUCACCGUUCACGUACGCAAACAGCCAACCGAAAGGAUCGGAAAACUCAUUUUGGACAGGAUCCCCGAAAAUCGAUUUACAAAACAGCUUCGCGUCUGCUUGUUCGUGUUUACUUGCACGGUACUAAAGCUUUUGCCAAAGAUCUUCAACGAACGGUGAUAAUCGAAGCAGCAACAAAUAAGUACUCUCGCCAGUUCCUAAACUAAACGCACUGCCAUCAUAAGAUGGGCAGAACCGGCAGAUUACAGUAGAUAUUUUAUACCCGGUCUUAUCAACUUUGAUUUGGAAAACACUGCGGUCGUUGACUGUAUUCGCUUUUUUUGGAUGUUUACGGCAGUCAGUCGAAAGAAUGCAAUGACAGUUUGUACUCGUACUAUCUUUUUGAGUGGUUCUUUGCUGCACAAAUA